AUGGCAAAAUUUCAGACUUUCUUUGGAUAUAUCGUAUUAAUAAUGACGCACAGUGUGAGCUGGGGAAAUCUAUAUGCCAGUAGGAAUGUUCAAGAGUUGGAAAAUAUGAAGGACCUGAUCCAGCUGCUCGAGGACAAGUUGACGGUUAACGAGGAAAAUGACGUUUAUUCGUCAGAGUCUGAGGACGUGGUCGCAGCCCAUAUGGAGGACAUUGAGAACUCGCCCGCGGCGAUCCGGGGGCAGAAGGAGAGAAUGGUAAUCAACGCAGCCAAAAUAAUUGCCCCCGAAAGCCCUGUGGUGUCACGCCUGAAAGAUCUAAUCGGUUUGAGGACGGCCAAAUCGUUCAACAGCUGUUUCGGUAACCGGAUUGAGAGAAUCGGACUGGGGUGCAAUAACGUCAAGACUGGUAACAAGAAGAGAAUAUGUGGGAACUGA